AUGUCGCCCGUGAUUUCGCUGCUCGCCAAGCCGCGGCAGCGAGGCGUUCAGCCCUACCGGAAACACGGCCUCAUCUACUUCAUCUGCGGCAACCCGGGGCUCGUCAACUUUUACGUCACCUUCCUGGAUUGUCUCCGCGGCAUGCUGGAUGCGGCAGACGAGGGCUCGGGCGGAACGGCGUACGAUCUCUACGGGAGGAAUCUACUGGGCUUUAGCGACGACGACCAUGAGCCGUUUAGCGAGAGCAACGAGCCGUGGGAUCUGGACGGCCAGAUCGAGGGCAUCUACCGGGACGUCGCAGCACGGAGCGUCAUCCCAGACGAUGCCGGGGCCGAGGGCGAGCAGGGAAAGGGGUCGCGGCCGUACGACUUUGUGGUGCUGAUGGGCCACUCUGUCGGCGCAUACAUCUCGGUCGAGGUCAUGCACCGCCACAUGCAGGACGCAUCGCGGGCGCCGCAUCUCAACCUCCGCCACGGCUUCUUGCUCUUCCCGACGCUGACGCACAUUGCCAGCUCGCCCAGCGGGAAGAGACUGACGCUGCUGACGAAGAUCCCGCGCGUGGAGGAGAACGCGCACCGCGUGGCAAAGUUCGUUCUUGGCUGCAUCCCGCUGGCGUGCGUGCUGUGGAUCGUGACGCAUGUGAUGGGAUUCACGCCCCAGACGGCGGAGGUGACGGCGCGGUGGCUGAAGAGUCGGGACGGCGUGUGGCAGGCGAUUCAUCUGGGGUUGUCGGAGAUGCGGACGAUUUGCGAGGAGAGGUGGGAGGAGGAGCUGUGGGAGGCGACGGCGGCGGAAUCGUUGGCUUUACAGCAGCAGCAGCAGAAGGUGCCGAGGUUUUUCAUCUUUUACGGCAAAAACGACCAUUGGGUUGCGAAUCACCUGCGGGAUGCGUUUAUUGAGAGGAGGAGCGAGAAGGGGCAUGCGCGGAUUUCGAUUGAUGAGGGGGGGAUACCGCAUGCGUUUUGUGUGAGAGAGCUGAUGAUGAUGUUAGACACGAGCUGGGUGGUUGCGAAAAAGGUUUUUGGGUGGGUGAGGGAGAUUGAGGAGGGACAGCAGCAGCAGUGA